AUGGGUCUUAUCAAACUAGCCAUCAUCUCAGGCGUAGCCGUAUACGGCGUCAACAAGAUGGCAAAGCACAACGAGUCCAAGAGACGCGGCGACCAACCUAACCGUACCGACAACUACUAUCGUGACGGCUCCCAACCACUAUACAAAGAUGCAGGCAUGACGGACAACCGAUAUCCUGACUACUACGCUCCUCCGAGUCAAGGCCAAACGUACCAAGAAAAAGAGCAGCCUCGUGAACUGAACUUUGUUGGGCGUCGCUCGUACCCAUCCGACUAUGCCCACGACCGCGGCCACAACGAAAAGAGCGGUCACCAUCAACAGCCUGUGUAUCUCCAGAACGACCCAUUCUCCCCAUUACCGGGGUCGAGGGGGCAGGAGGACAACGUACGCAGCGGGUAUGAUGACGGACCGGCACUACCGCCUCAGUACGACGAGUAUCGGCCCCGGUAUCAGAGCCAACGCUACCCGCGCACGGGUUUCGUUGAGCCAGAUGAAGUUUCAGAGUCGGAUCUUCAGAGUCGAAACGGGAACGCCACUGCGAGGCAAGGAAGCGGUAGAGGUACUGGCUCGUCCAUGAUGAACGGUCUGGCGGACCUUUUGAAUGGUGACAGGACGAAAGAUUUGAAGAGGAUGUUUGCCAAGUAA